AUGUCAUUCCACUCUGCCUCUCCGGAGGGGCUGAACUCCUCCCCCGCCAGUGAGCAUUCUCCGAACAGUGCGCGCUCUGGCGUGCCCGCCACCGCCCCGCGCCCGGUCGCGGAUAUCGCCAGUGCGCGGAGCUGUGUGACUUGUCGUCGCCGGAAGGUCCGCUGUAACAAGCGCUCGCCUUGCUCCAAUUGUGUCAAGGCCGGUAUCGACUGCGUGUUUCCCCCACCAGGCCGGGCCCCACGCAAAUCUAAGCGUCCGCCCGAUGCUGAGCUGCUUUCUCGCUUGCGACGCCUCGAGGGCGUCAUCGAACACCUGAGCGGGAAAAACGGCGAGAAUCCCGGGUCGACAACAUCGAGUAUCUCGCCAACUCAGCCGGCUUCGACCUUUUCGCUCCCUCCAGCUCCUCCGACCGCCGUGACUGCGCCGUCGACUGCUUCUGGGUCUGCAGCCUCGCCCGCCCAGGACUCUGGUUGUCCGUUCGAUCCGAAGAAUCUCGCGCCGAAGAAGUUUGAGAAUGAGUUUGGGAGACUGGUCAUUGAUGAAGGACGGAGCCGAUACGUGAGCAAUCGGCUUUGGGCGAGCCUUGGCGAUGAGAUCGAAGAACUUCAGGACAUUCUAGAUCAUUCCUCGUCUGACGAAGAGGAUAUCCCUUCUCCGGAAUCCUCCCAUUCCGGCUCCCACGACGGCUUCCUAUUCGGAUUCUAUUCCCUGUCGCAUUCUCUUCGGGAGUUCCACCCGAGUCUGCCCAAGGUGUCCAUGCUUUGGGAAGCUUAUCAAGAAAAUGUUGCACCCUUGAUAACCAUCGUGCACAAGGGAACUGCCCGAAGCUUGCUGAUCGAGGCAGCACAGAACCCGGACUCUGUGGACAAGAAUAACGAAGCGCUCGUGUUCUCUAUUUACUUGUCGGCCAUUGUCAGCCUGACACCUGAAAAUUGUAUGGCCCGGCUUGGUGAAGAGCGUAGCGUCUUGGUUAAACGCUACCGCUUUGCCGUUGAACAAGCUCUAUCGAGAGCCGGUCUCCUCAACACCCAGAGCUUGGUCCUCAUUCAAGCGGCAGUGCUAUUCCUGAUUUGCGUUCGCCGGGAAGAUGACUCCAAGUUUGUAUGGUCCAUGAACUCGGUCAUUCUCCGCCUUGCUCAAGGUCUGGGACUGCAUCGAGAUGGUACCAACUUUUCGUUGAAGCCCUUUGAGACGGAGAUGCGCCGCCGCUUGUGGUGGCACAUUUGCCUGAUGGAUGUUCGUUCGUCUGAGGACCACGGGACGGAUCCACUGAUUAACGAGAACAUGUAUGAUACUCGACUCCCGUUGAAUAUCAAUGACGACGAUAUCACGCCAGAAAUGACCGAGACCCCGUCCGAACGCGAGGGUGUCACCGAUGUCACGUUCUGUCUGAUUCGUUGUGAGAUUACCAGCGCCCUGCGACGCGCGAAUUACUCUUGUCCUGGUGUCCGAUUCCGCCUGGGCGAGUCUGGCCCUGGGAUUGAACGUUGUGAACGAAUGAUCCAGAUCAUCAGCAAUCGUGUAGAGGAGCGUUACAUCAAACACUGCGACAUGAACAUUCCCAUCCACUGGGCUAUAGCCACGGUGGGACGUCUCAUUCUUGCAAAGCUAUGGCUGGUCGUGCAUCACCCGAUGACCCGAAAAGAUCGCGUCAUCAAUGUAUCUCAAGCUACUCGCGAGAGUUUGUUUCUGACUGCCAUUGAGGUCCUUGAGUUUGGCCGGUUGUUGGAGACCGACCCCAAAACCGCAAAAUGGGGCUGGCUGUUCCGAACUAACAUGCAAUGGCAUGGAUUGGCUUUCGUUCUAUCCGAGGUGUGCGUUCGUCCAAUCUGCCCGGUCACCGAUCGCGCUUGGAAUGCAAUCCAAGGUAUCUACGUGGAGUGGGAGCGUCAGGCAACACAUAAAAAGGGCAUGCUAUGGCGUCCGCUAGCCGCAUUGAUGAAACGAGCCGCCUCAACUCGAGCCAAGCAACAGGAAGAACUCCUCGCCAAGUUUGGUCCAAACCGUGCAGGCCAUCAACCUGGUCCGACUGACUUUGCCUUGACCCACCACCACACCCUCCCUCAAAUACACAUGCCAAUCAAUUCAACGCUUCCGUCAUCGAUUCCUCCUUCUCAAAAUCAGCCCAUCCAAGAGCGAUCUGACCUAAACAUUGAUUUGAAUCAGGGGCCUUGGGAGACAUUGCAGAGCAUCUUCCCAAAUACCAACUUCCUGGCCCCUGUUACUCUCGAUAACCCUCCACCUCAAGAACCUGUCUCGGCAAUCAACGUGCCCACGGGAUUAUCUUUUACUUCGCCCGUGAACAAUGAUUCCUUCAUGAGCCAAGUGAACAUUCCCGAGACUGCCACGCUUAGCUGGGACGAAUGGGAUCAGGUUAUGCGCGACUUCCAAAUGGAUCUCGAAAACGAGGGUACAGACCCAGGGAAGGGAACUCAUGUUACGGAAUGGUUUGCAUGA